AAAGUUGUAGGUUUUAUAUAUUUAGUUUAUAAUUUUCAUAUUAAGUAAACGUUUUGUAUAUACAAUAAAAAUCUUUUCAAUGCAUUUAUGAAUCUAUUAAUUGCAAAAAAAGAUUGCGGUUAUUUAAACGAUAAAAUUAAAAAGACUUCACCAAGUGAUCGCAACAUAAUUAAAUUAGAAUUAUCAAUGAAAAAAGAUGUAAAUUGAAUAAUGUAGGGGAAGGAAAUAUAACUGAUAAUAUCUGUAAAAAAUUCCAUGUUUAACCAGAAAUUUAGGUUAGAUAAAUUGAUACAACAUGUCCAAGCUAACCGUGUAACAUCAAUUAUUCGCGACAAUAAUCUAAGAUCUGUGAGAAUAACAAUCUUUAAAUUUAAUUCUGUAGCGUCCUUUGGUUGAAGUUAAACCAUAUUCCCGCGUAUCGACAUGGCGCAUAACGUUGCAAUUCUAUCCCUGAUUCCUAGGUUAUCUUACCAUAUUCGAAUGCAACUUCCAAAUUUAACAGUAUUUGACGUUUCGCCAGAUAAAACUGAUACAAUAGAAAAAUUAAAAAGUGCAGAUAUACUUGUAACUGACUGUGAUUUGUUUCUACCAUAUACAGAUAAAUUACCAUCCUUAAAGUGGGCCCAAGUAACAUGGGCUGGUGUUGAAAAGUUAGUUUCCAAUUCACAAGAUAAACAAAUUAAUUAUGUAGUUACACGUUUUUCUUCCAAGGCUUUUGGUUUAGCUAUGUCUGAAUAUGUAAUAGCACAUAUUUUUAAUUUGAAGCAAUCAAAGACCGCAAUCAAAAAUCCGAAGCAGAGACAAUGGAUAACAAGUGGAAAAAUUUUGUCUCACAGAUUAAUUUGUGAUUUAUCUGUGGGUAUUCUAGGUGUAGGAAAUAUUGGAAAAUCUAUUGCACAAAAUUUGAAAGCAUUUGGAGCCACUGUAUGGGGAAUUACACGGACACCACUGAAAGAAACUUUACAUUACCUUGAUGAACACAGAACAAUUGAAUCUUUACCUGAAAUGCUGGCACACUGUGAUAUAAUCAUUAAUGUUCUACCAUCUACACCUAAUACCAUAGGUUUAUUAAGGAAUGUAUUAGAGAAUUGCAAAAAUCGUGGGAGCGUUUUUAUCAACAUUGGUCGAGGUACAAUUAUCAAAGAAAUAGACUUAUUAACUGCACUUGAAAAACAGUGGACUGGAGCUAUUUUGGAUGUUUUUGAAGAAGAACCACUGCCAACAGAAAGUAAAUUGUGGACAUUACCACAGGUUACUAUAUCAACCACAUGUCUCAGAGUAUCUCUUGCUCAGGAUGUAGUACAAUUUUUUGUUGAGAAUUAUAAAAAAUUUGUUAAAGGGAAAUUGUUGAAUGCAGUACAUUUCAAAGAAGGUUAUUAAUUAUUAGAUGUCCAUUAACUAUUUAUGGAACUCUUAUUCAAUAUAGCAACUGCAUAUAGUACAGAAAUUAACAUAAAAAAUUGUAAUUAUAGUAUUUUAUAAAGUUAAAAUAAUAUAAAUAUAAUAUAAAUAUAA